AUGUUCCGCAACGACUUCUAUCAUCACUUCUCCAAGGGACGCUCCGGCGAAACCUUAAGCUUCGAGGGAUAUUUCCGAGCAGUUACUAUCUACGGCGGUGAACAACGUCUGCUUGCGAAGACCAAAAGUGUUGCGAACUUGUUCGUUGCCUUGCGACAGAGAAACCUCGCGCUCAUCAACGGAUUUCACCGAGAGGCACGUAGCAAAGGUUUCGGCCCUUCAAGCGAAUCUCUCAAGCGAACCAUCUUCUGGGACAAACCAUUCUUCGAAUAUACUGAGGACGAUAUACUCGCGAAGCGGACCUUCCUUGAGAAUCCUCAGCCCCCAUUCGCGGCUAAAGCCAGAACACUCCCCUACCAAUUCCACUGGCCAGUCUGCACCCAGCCGUGGACGCCUGCCGCAGUUCUCCAUUCAGAAGAAGAAGACGUGAUCUCUAGCGACAAAGAAGACGAAGACUUUCUAUCUGACCAAGAGACUGAAGACGAGAUGAGCCUCCGCAACCGUCACGGCCGUUUCGCCCCCCGUCCUCCGAAUUCGAGCCCAGUCACGCCAGAGAAGCUACAAGAUAGCGGUUCCGCUAAAUCGGUACGAUCUACCAACCGUGAGAUAGUUGAUCUCACCAAGGAGCCGCAGCCGGUUCGGAUGCUCGAUGGCAUGUACAAGGCGCUCGAUCGACUAGACGACGGUCAUUUCAACGAGGAGCAAGCCCUUACCGCUAUGAAAUACCUUAAAUAG